AAGGCGGCCGCGAGGGGUGGGGCGAGCGCAGAGCGGGGUCUGCGGUGGAGCCCGGGUGCCCAGGACGCAUGCGCUGGGAGGGAGCGCAAUCACGGACACAGCUUGCGGCGGCUGGUUAGAGAGGAAACCCCGGGCGGCGAGAGCGCAAAGGAAAUCUGACCGCCGCCGCGUGCGCGCUCCCGUGAAAGAAAAGCACAAAGAAGAAACUUUUACAGUCACUGUUAAUUUGUCUAGAGCACCAAUACCCUAAAUCAAAGUAAAGAAUUCUGAGACUGGUGUUCAGUCAUAUCAAGGAAGACCUUGCACCUGUGGUUUUUGAAGAAUCAGUUCAGAAGAUCUGAAAAGUACCAAAGGAGAAGUACAAAUGUCUACCACAAGACGAAAACGUAGUAUGUUAUGUUGUUUACCGUAAGCUGUAGUAAAAUGAGCUCAAUUGUUGACAGAGAUGACAGUAGUAUUUUUGAUGGAUUGGUGGAAGAAGAUGACAAGGACAAAGCAAAAAGAGUAUCUAGAAACAAAUCUGAAAAGAAACGUAGAGAUCAAUUUAAUGUUCUCAUUAAAGAACUGGGGUCUAUGCUUCCUGGUAAUGCUAGAAAGAUGGACAAGUCUACUGUUCUGCAGAAGAGCAUUGAUUUUUUACGAAAACAUAAAGAAAUCACUGCACAGUCAGAUGCUAGUGAAAUUCGACAGGACUGGAAACCUACAUUCCUUAGUAAUGAAGAGUUUACACAAUUAAUGUUAGAGGCUCUUGAUGGUUUUUUUUUAGCGAUCAUGACAGAUGGAAGUAUAAUAUAUGUAUCUGAGAGUGUAACUUCAUUACUUGAACAUUUACCAUCUGAUCUUGUGGAUCAAAGUGUAUUUAAUUUUAUCCCAGAGGGGGAACAUUCAGAGGUUUAUAAGAUACUCUCUACUCAUCUGCUGGAAAGUGAUUCAUUAACCCCUGAAUACUUAAAAUCAAAAAAUCAACUAGAAUUCUGUUGUCAUAUGCUUCGAGGAACAAUAGAUCCAAAGGAGCCAUCCACCUAUGAAUAUGUGAGAUUUAUAGGAAAUUUUAAAUCUUUAAACAGUGUACCAACUUCAGCACACAAUGGUUUUGAAGGAACUAUACAGCGCACACACAGGCCUUCUUAUGAAGAUAGAGUUUGUUUUGUAGCUACUGUCAGGUUAGCUACACCCCAGUUCAUCAAGGAAAUGUGUACUGUGGAAGAACCCAAUGAAGAGUUUACAUCUAGACAUAGUUUAGAAUGGAAGUUUCUAUUUCUAGAUCACAGGGCACCACCAAUAAUAGGAUAUUUGCCAUUUGAAGUUUUGGGAACAUCAGGCUAUGAUUACUAUCAUGUGGAUGACCUAGAAAACCUGGCAAAAUGUCAUGAGCACUUAAUGCAGUAUGGAAAAGGAAAAUCAUGUUAUUACAGGUUCCUGACCAAAGGACAGCAGUGGAUUUGGCUUCAGACUCAUUAUUACAUCACUUAUCAUCAGUGGAAUUCAAGGCCAGAGUUUAUUGUGUGUACUCACACUGUAGUAAGUUAUGCAGAAGUUAGAGCUGAAAGACGACGAGAACUUGGCAUUGAAGAGUCUCUUCCUGACGCAGCUGCUGACAAAAGCCAAGAUUCUGGGUCUGACAAUCGAAUAAACACAGUCAGUCUCAAGGAAGCGCUGGAAAGGUUUGAUCGCAGCCCAACUCCUUCUGCCUCCUCCAGAAGUUCAAGAAAAUCAUCUCACACAGCAGUCUCAGACCCUUCCUCAACACCAACAAAGAUCCCAACUGAUACUAGCACUCCUCCCAGACAGCAUUUACCAGCUCAUGAGAAGAUGGCACAGCGGAGGUCAUCUUUCAGCAGUCAGUCCAUGAACUCCCAGUCUGUUGGUCCAUCUUUAACACAGCCAGUGAUGUCUCAAGCUGCAAAUUUACCAGUUCCACAAGGCAUGUCGCAGUUUCAGUUUUCAGCUCAAUUAGGAGCCAUGCAGCAUCUGAAAGACCAGCUGGAGCAACGGACACGGAUGAUAGAGGCAAAUAUUCAUCGGCAACAAGAAGAACUAAGGAAAAUUCAAGAACAACUUCAAAUGGUCCAUGGUCAAGGACUGCAGAUGUUUUUGCAACAGUCAAACCCUGGAUUGAAUUUUGGUUCUGUUCAACUUUCCUCUGGAAAUUCUUCUAACAUCCAGCAACUCACACCAAUAAAUAUGCAAGGCCAAGUUGUUCCCACUAACCAAAUUCAAAGUGGAAUGAAUGCUGGACAUAUUGGCACGAGCCAGCACUUGAUACAACAGCAGAGUUUACAAAGUACAUCAACUCAGAGUCAACAAAGUGUAAUGAGUGGGCAUAGUCAGCAAACAUCUCUUGCAAGUCAGACGCAGAGCACUCUUACAGCCCCACUAUAUAACACAAUGGUGAUUUCUCAGCCUGCACCUGGGAGCAUGGUCCAAAUUCCAUCUAGUAUGCCGCAGAACAGUACCCAGAGUGCCACAGUAACCACGUUCACUCAGGACAGACAAAUAAGAUUUUCUCAAGGUCAGCAACUUGUGACCAAAUUAGUGACUGCUCCUGUAGCUUGUGGGGCAGUCAUGGUACCUAGUACCAUGCUUAUGGGUCAGGUAGUGACUGCCUAUCCUACCUUUGCCACACAACAGCAGCAGGCACAGACGCUGUCUGUAACACAGCAGCAGCCGCAGCAGCAGCAGCCGCAGCAGCAGCAGCCACAGCAGCAGCAGCCGCAGCAGCAGCAGCAGAGCUCCCAGGAGCAGCAGCUUCCUUCAGUCCCGCAGCCCUCUCAGGCUCAGCUGACCCAGUCACCACAGCAGUUCUUACAGACUUCUAGGUUGCUCCAUGGGAACCCUUCAACUCAGCUCAUCCUCUCUGCUGCGUUUCCACUACAACAGAGCACUUUCCCUCCAUCACAUCACCAGCAGCACCAGUCUCAGCAACAGCAGCAACUUAGUCGGCAUAGGACUGACAGUUUGACUGAUCCUUCCAAGGUUCAACCACAGUAGCACACAUGCUUCCUCUCUGAUGCCUAGAAAGGACAAGGAUGGCCGGUAAAGAGUUGCUCAGAUGACUUGCAGUUUAGGAGGAAAAGUUCCAGCAGUUUCCUGAGUACUAGUAUUGAGUAUUCUAGUUCCUGGAGUAGUUGGUAGGGUAAAUGCUAUCCAGUGCUACAAAUGUACAUUAAAUACCAGCCAGCCAGAGAUGAUCAGAGGGACAUGGCCAAUUCUGACAAGUGUUUCAGUUGCCUGGGUAUUUUUUAUGGAGAAAGAGUAUAUUGCCAAAAGUUAACAAGCUCAACUAUCAUAUGACCUCUUCUGAAUCAGAAAGUCACUAACAAUGUUGGUAGCUUGGUGGUUCUAUGCCUGGUAUCAAGUGUUAACAGAGGACACAUCACUGCCAGGUGUUUGCUUAGAGAGAUACCAUGAAGAUAAUCCAGUAGUUGGUAGUCCCCACCCCAAACCCUUCUGUUCAGAUGAUGGAACAGUAAUUACUUUCAGAAUGUUGUGUGGGUUUGAAUUCUCUAUGUACAGAUGCUAUAUAAAUGUGUAUGUGACUGGAUGAAGGAGAGAAAGCAAACUUUCUAUAUGCUGCAUGAAAGCAUUAUCUAUUCCUUACAGGUAUGAGUACAUUUCAUUAGAUUUUGGCACCAUAUACAAACUGGUAACAGCCUCUGUUUUUCCUUUUGUUUACAAUGUAAUAGUGUUCUCGUCAUUUUUCCAGGGCACAAGUCUUUUUGUUCUUACUUUGGCUGUGAUGUCACAGUUUGUUCAGUGAGGUAUGAUGUGCUGCUGGGAAUGAUUUUUUUGUUUUUCAGGUUAAAUUAUUGAUACAAGAUUUUCACGUUAUUCAGAAAUCCCUUAUUUCAUUAUUUUUCAAUUAUGUUUGAAAAUAGAAUUGCACUGCUUUAUUUUAGAUGAUUGGUUGGGAGCUUGAGCACAUAUUUUGAUAUAUUUCACAAUGGGAAUAUUUAUGUAAAUGGUUUUCAACAAGCCUAAAAGUGAUUUCAAGAAUGUUUCAGUUGUAAGAGUAAAAUUUGCACUCAAGACAUGUUAGGCACUUUUUAACAUUCUCAGUGGUGGGAAUUUUAACUUUAGGAUUUGUUGGAAUCUUUUUAUUAUCCUUUAAAUUUCAAUACUUCUUUUAGUCAGAAAUGAUUCAGGGUUAUUUGAGGAGAAUAAAACCCAUAGUGCCUUGAUUUUAAUUCAGGUGAUAACUCACCAUCUUGAACUCAUUGUCUGGCUUCAGUAGCAGUUUUGAAACCUUAGUACAUUUUUAGCCGCAUGUGGGUCACAGUGUCUCAGUGUCUCAAGUCCCUUUUAAGACUGCUGUAAGUCUUUGAACCACCCUAACACUAUCACAGUUAUUAAUAUGAUCCCAAAAUUGUUCCCAAAUUAGUGUCUUCCUUUAAAGCUAAGUAGUCCUUUAAGAAUUGAUAGUAAAGGGCUUGAGAGAUGGCUCAGUGGUUAAGAACACUGACUGCUCCUGCAGAAGGCCUGGGUUUGAUCCCCAGCACCCACAUGGCGGCUAACAACUGUCCUAACUCCAGGGGGUCCAACGCCCUCUUCUGACCUUCGCAGGUAUUGCAUGACACGGGUGCAUUUAUGUACAUGCAGGCAAUAGAUGCAUACACAUUAAAUUUUUUAAAAUAUUUUUUUAAAAAAAGAAUUACCAGUAAAUAUUACUCAAUAUGGCCUUGAUAGUCCUGUGAGAAAAGGAGUAGAAAUUGGUUUACCUUCAGUGCAACACUAGACUAUUGUAACUCACAUGCUUCCUAAACAUGAAUUAAGAUUUCAUCUGGCAAUAGCAUACUCUAUAGGUAAUAAACUCCAACAAAGUUACAUUUUAAAAAGCAUUUUUUAGAUUUUAUGGUACUAAUAAUGAAAUUUACAAUUAUAGAACAAAAGACAAAUAGAAAAUAAAACACUGAAGGGAGGACAAGAGUGAUAAAUCAUAAUUGACCUUAAAGUAAAAUGUAUAGCAGAGAUGAGGUUGCUAAACAGAAAAUUUUCACCAAUGAAAAUAAUCUAAUACAGAUAAUUGCUAGAUAAGGGCUCAGGGGAAUGCAAAGUCAGUUUUCUGUCCUGAGCUUUGGUCUCGUUCUUAAGCACUUUGUUUUCCUAUUUAAAAACAAACUUUACCUGGCUGCAAUUAAGUUAGCAAGUUAAUGGUGGAAAAAAAAAAAAAAAAAACCAAAAAAAAUUGGUACCUACCCUUCUACAAAAGUGUGGCUAGAUACCAGUCAGUAACUGACAUAUAGCUAAAUGAUCAUCCAGAGGAGAUUCCUGACAUUCCCACCCAUACCAGUAGUUGUCUAAGUGUGCAUAUGCAAGCAUUCACACACAAGACAAAGCAGAUGUAAAGUACAGCAAGGGUAUUGCUUCUCUUCCCUUCCAAACUGCCUUGACUUUAUGCCAUUCCAUGUAUAGCUGAGUUGUGCCUCAUUUAUUUAUUGGCAAUACCUAGUGAUAAGGAUUUAGCUAACAAGAUAUGAUGUACACUAUAUUAUGGCUUACCCUCUAAGUCUGUAGUUGAAAGGUUAUGAGCCCUGUUCUUGGCAGAAGCAAAAGAAGGCAAGUCUCAAAGUGUAUGUGCAAACUGCUCAUUUGCCAAUACUGCCCUCCCCAUCAGGUAUUUCUCAUUUUCACAAAUGAUUUGGGAAAGAAAAAAAGUCCUUUCAUCCUACUCAAAAAUUAGCAGUUGAUAAAUUUAAAGGAGCAGCUAGCUGCUAACUUGCUGUCCAUGUAGAGAGUUGUGCUGGCAGAGCUUGUCAGGACCAGCUGCCUCCACUUAGCCUUGGUUUUCUCCUGGCUCUGUUGAGUUUGGGUUGCAAACUGUUCUUAUCAGCUCCCCUACAAGACUUGAGCAUUCUGUUGAAGAUUCAUCAGUUGCCCGUUCAUUUCUGUAGCCAAAGUUAACUAAAAUCCCAAAUCUCAAUCAUGAAAGAUACCAAAUAGAUCACUUUACAGUUUCUUAUAAAUCUUAAUUUCCCCCACUUUACUCAUAGGGAAUCGGGUUUUCAUGAAAAACUUUUAUUCUGAACAGCACUUUUUAGGUAAGAAACUGUUGAGGUAAAGGACAGAUCUAGCUGCUCUGCAGGUCCCUUGCUCUGGGCUGCUAUGGUAAAGGGUGAGUGUUGCUUCACAAGUCCAAAUGAGAGCAGUAAGAACAAAGUUGCUGCUGAGUGGUGUCCACCCAGAACAUUGAAAAGUACUCCAUGUUUUUUGUCUUGUCUUUUUUGUUUUGUUUUUUUAAUGGAAACUGUAGGAGGAAAAACAAAUGUGGUGAGAUCGCAUGCCAACGAGUACUACAGGUCCAUUCCUAAGCCCCAUCCUAAAUGUAGGGUCAUUUUUAGAGCAUUGUGCUUUGCUUUGUCACACGGAUAUGGUUAGGAAUGUAUACUAAAAGGAUGACAGUGAUCUUGAAUAGCUUGUGGUAAAGGUGUUUGAACUGUGUGUUGUACUUGGUCAUUGCCUUAAAGCAGUCUCGAAGUUAGUUGGGAGCACCAAAGCAGCCCAGCUGUGUAAAGGGCAUUGUGUUGAGGGAGAGCCCUGGUUUCGAGAAGCCUUAGAAAGGGACCCUUAAAAUAGUCUACACAGGUGGAGAUUCUUUGCACUUGGAUGUUACUCUAUGUUUUAAAAUGUUUUCAUUACAUUGAGGCAGACUUUUUGUUUCUUAAGUGGGAUGCAGGUAGCAUUUUUAGUAUUUCUUUUAUUUCUUUGGUGAUUGAAAGUUUGUUGGUGAAUAUUUGUGUAAAAUUCUUUAAAGCCUACCACCUUUCCAGUAUCUGUGGCCCUGUUCUUACUACCACAGGAGUUGUGUUAGAAGGUAUAAACACUGGAUAUUAAUAUAGCUGAAUGCAUAUAACCAGGGGGUAAGUUGAUUGGAACUUUCCAGUGGUGGAAAAGAAACAGCACAAAGACACUUGCCGUUUUAAUAGUGACUGGAGAGACCUUUAAAGUUUGUCUGGAUCGAGUGAACAUUCUUCUAAGAGGAGCUUUCUGAAGUAAUUGCAAAGGAAAAGAGUUGACUAUUUUUAUAGCAUAUUUAAUAUAUUUGUAUAUAACUAUGAGUAUAGUAAGAACCCUCCACAUGCCUCCCACUUUUCUAAUUUCCUUCCCUUUGCCAUAGCCCUAGUAUAGCCUCAUCCGCAUGGGUAAUGUGCCUAUUGUCAGCCUACCAAAAUAGUGCUGCUGCUUUUUGAGACAGGUGAGAUCAGACUCUCAUGCCAGGGGAUCCUUUAUGGGAGGAAUAGCACACACUUCAAACAACAUACCACAGUCUAAAAGCAUCAUUUUGAAUGGUAACAAGCACUUUAUUGCAAUUAUUCAUUUAGAUAAAGUUUGUAUCUUAGGCAUUAACCAUUUCUAAAGGAUCCCCCAAUCAUCACUUAGGUGAAAUUAUAAAUGACACAUUUCUAAGAAAUGUCUAGAUCCAGUGAACCGUAGCAGGUUUAUGGGAGUGAUUUCAAGGUAGCCAAAUGAACUGACCUUUGUUUUGAAUGUGGUAGAGUCAAGAGAUCGUAAAUGUGUAGUUCAUGUAAACACUAUUGUAAACCUAUCUUGCCUAUUGUGUGGACACCAAAAGAGACCAAUGAGCCUGUUUAUUUUCAGAGGUCUAGGAUUAUGCAUCUGUGUGAGUAGAUGUACAGAGCUAAUCUAAAAAAUGAUGGGUAGAAAUAUUUUAGAAUACAGCUAUUUCAAGAAUUAUUGAGUGUUUUAAAUGUGCCCUGAAAUGUUGGCAUGUCAUUUCAGUGUUUCCAUUUGAAUUGCUCUUGUAAUAUUUUUGCACAAAACAGACUGAGAAAGACUGCUUUAGUUGAAGAAAAAGUAUAAUUUGGUCUUAUUUUAAUGUCUCCUGUGGAAACACUGGGGGUGAAUUCUGUUGGUAUAGUUACUAAUUCAGGAUAUUUAAAAGUGUUGAACAGGUCACAAGAAAUUAAACAAACUUGGAUAUUUAAAAAUUAAAAUUCUUUCUUUCCCUGUGACUGUUUCCAUAGUUUUUUUUUUCCCAUUACACUACAUUCCUUGUUUUUCUUAAAUACUUUGCAAGAUCUGUUUCAAUUAUUUAACAAAUAUUUCUAAGCCACCUGGCUUUUCCCAGGAAAAUGUACUUUAGUGAGUGAAAUAGAGUAUUGUAGUGAAAUAGGAUAUGGUUUUAUAUGGUUUGUGACGAGACAAGUAAAAUUCCAUCACCACCACCAGCAAACACUGAGGUGCUGCAUUAAAUGACAAUCAAAAUCGUUAUUUAUAAAAGAGUUUAGAAAUGGUUGAAACAAAGCAGUUCUCUGGGUUUCUUGAAUAAAAUUGCUAAGUGUAUUUAUAUUUUAAGUAUGUUUGCAUUUUCUUAGUAAUGUGGUAUCCUGUAUUUACUUUGUGGUUUGUUCUGUUCUGCAUCAUCUUGUCCUUGGAGAACUAGCUCUCCUUUGGGGUGGCUACUAGUCCCUCUGACGACUCUCCUGACAGAUCAUCCGAAUCCAGUUCACAUCAGGAUGGCAGUACAGGGUCAAUGUAGAGUCCCUGCACUUAAUUAAGAAAAAAAAUUUAAAUGAACUCUUUUAGCUGUUUCCUGUACCCCAGCCUUUUUCUAGUUUCACUUGCUGCCUUCUCGUUUGUUUUUGUACAGUUACUUCCCCCAACACAAAGGCCAGUAUGACAGAGCCAGGGGCACACAGGGCAUUUUGUCUAUUGAGGGAAAUAUUAGCAAAAUAAUCAGUAUCUCGUAGUGGCUGCCAUUAUCAUAUCUAUAUUAAAGUUCUUAUAUAUAGUGAAUAAUGUAUGCACACUGAACUUCAAUACCAGUUUGCUUAGUCUUAAGAAAUCUCAAGGCCAGGUGUGGUGGUGCACUCGGGAGGCAGAGGCAGGCAUAUCUGUCAGUUUGAGGCCAGCCCAGUCUACAUAUUGAGUUCCAGGUUAGCUGGGGCUACAGGGAGACCCUGUCUCAAAAAGAUCCACCACCUCCCCAAAAAAUCUGCAUACCCAGUGCUGUCCAGUGUAGCUAUUCUUGAACUUUUGAAACCUAGCUGUGUGAGGAUCCAUCCUUCCUGUUCACGUGCAUUGGCAUGUAAUCCUCCCUGGAGUCCCACAGGUAAGCUCACACAGGUAUUCCAUAGGGAAUAGAAACACCAUCAACCACAGGCUGGCCUUAACCAAGUAAAAAGUGUUUGUUUUAACUCUUGAGGGUUAAAUUGAAAGUAUGCCAUUUUCAGCUGUAUGCUUUUAAAUCUGAGAAAACAAACUGAUGUUGCUUUAAGAAAUGACAUUCAAAUGUUUUGUAUUUGAUUGGCCUGUACUGGUUCAAGUUCAUUACUGGCAGUGGUUGUGAGACUACUAUGAAUUAAAAUGUAGGGAAGACUAUGUUAUCUUUAAGCUGAUGUACACCUAGACAGUCAUCUUCAAGCAAAAACAUUGUCCUUAAAAAAGGUCCUUUUUCAAAAAAAAAAGUCAAAAUGAUUAGAAUUAAAACCAUUCUGAAAUUACUCAGAAAUCUAUUUUACUGUGGCUUAAUUUGGUGAAAGGCCUCAGUACAGCGCUUUCAUUUUCACCCUGUAAAAUCGAAGCCCAAAGACAAAUUAAUGCUGUAUUGAAACCAGUGAGUAAAAACAAGUUUUACCUUUGUAAAUUUUUAAUCGUUAAAUCAGUUGGUAGCUGUAAAAACAUGCACCAAAUUCUAAUGUUCUGUGUGGUCCUUGGUGUGCUAUUCUUGACAGUGCUGUCCUUACUGCUUGGUUGUGAAUUUAAAUAAAACAAGAAUCGAUGUGGCUUAUUAUUCCUACUCCAGAGAGGAAUAAAUGGCUACUGAUCUUCAGAUGAAAAAAAAAUUUUUUUUCUAACGCAAACAUUCAAUUGAAAUAAAAAUUAAACUCAUAAAAACGA